AUGGGCAUUUGCACGAGCCAUGAGGCGGUGCUGAUCGCCGCAAAUGGUUCUUCAUCAACCACGCAACAAGUGAUGAUGGUGGCAACGACGACACAGAAAAGAGAUCUCCAAAAUCAAUCACGACCACAAACCGAGGAAAGACCGAAGCCACAGUUGAGAGAAUUUAAAGCCUACGCUCCACCGCCGUUAGAAACGAAACAUCGGAUAUACGAUUACAUUGGGGAGAAGCUGGUUUCAAAGGUGUCGCCAUUGAAAUCAGAAAAAUGG